CGACCAAACUCAUCAGCGAGUCGCGGGUAUUAAUCGUAGAUGUCAAUUAACAACCGAACGGACGUUGGUUAAUUUCCAUCGUCAGCUAAGCAAGAAAGAUAUAUCGAUCGAGCGAGAAAGGAAUCAGAAAUGUUCUCCUUCUCCAAGCAAUCUCCGGGCAGCAUCUCUUUCGCGUCCCUCCUCCUCCUCCUCCUCCCUCUGUUGGCUCUGACGUUCCUGAUCAUCUCCUACACUCAGCAUGACUUCCGGCUCCUGCCGAGCUUCACGGCCUGCAGCAGCACACCUUCCUCCUUCUCCUCUUUCGACAACAGCAGCUCGGCUGCAGCUUCACCCACGCCACCGCCGGAGUUCCGGCUGCUCAUCGGCGUCAUCACCCACCCCGACUACUUCGAGCGCCGGCAGCUCCUCCGCAUGGUCUACUCCCUGCAGCAGGAGCAGCCGAACCUCCUCGGCGCCCAGGUCGACGUCCGCUUCGUCUUAUGCAACCUCACCACCGAGGAGCAGCGGGUGUUCGUCGCCCUCGAGAUCAUGCGCUACGACGACAUCAUCAUCCUCGACUGCGCCGAGAACAUGGACGACGGCAAGACCUACGCCUACUUCGCCAGCCUCCCAACGCUCUUCAACGGCACCGGCGACGGCAGCGAAAAGGGCGACGGCAGUACUCCUCCGCCUCCGCCUUACGAUUUCGUCAUGAAGGCCGACGACGACAUCUACUUCCGCCUGCCCCGCCUGGUGGCGGCCCUGAGGGACAAGCCCAGGGAGGACAUGUACUUCGGCCUGCAGGAGCCCUGCGACGACGAGAACUUCUUCCCCUUCCCUCCCUUCAUGGAGGGCAUGGGCUACGUGGUGUCGUGGGACCUGGUCCGGUGGAUCGCCACGUCCGACAUCGCCCGCAACGACGUCAGGGGCCCCGAGGACAUGUGGGUGGGCAGGUGGUUCAACCUCGCCGACAAGGCCAAGAACCGCUUCGACGCCGCCCCCGCCAUGUACGACUUCAGGGGACCGUUCGAGAAGCCCAACUGUUUCCGCCGCGACUUCGCGCCGGACACCAUCGCCGUGCAUAAGCUCAAGAACAACGCAAGGUGGGCGAAGACCCUCAGCUACUUCGAGGUCACCAAGGCCUUGAAGCCCUCCAAGCUAUACCAUAUUCCUUAAUUGAUUGAUGCAUGCCCCCAUGCAUGCAUAUGCAUGACUCUUCUCCCUGGCCUCCAUCCUCUUAAUUCCUCCUCCUCUAGCUUGUUUUUGCACAUGCACUCUCUUUUUUUUCCCUUUUGUUGUUUUCUUUGCAGAGAUUAAUUAAUUCAUCAUUCGUUUUUUCUAUUCAUCGACCACAAAGUUCUGUUAAAAUCACAUCUUGUUGUUGUAACAUCAUUUAUUAAUUUGUUCGAAUUAAUUUCAGUCGAACGGAAACGCAAGGGAAAAAGUCUCCUGAUUUUUAGCUCUACCCUACCUGGGGCAAGUCUACCUGGGGCAACUCUUCCUGCGGGAAGGCUAGCUGUUGUGUGGUGAAUAUGUAUAAAUA